UUGGGCGUUGUUGGUUACGUAGAGAGGCAGCCGCCCACACUGACCUGGAUCUGUGAGGCUCAGAACCGGAGGAGAACCAGAGGAGAACCAGAGGAGAACCCGCAGAACUCCUCUUAUACCAUGGACUCCAGCACAACAGUACGUCGUGUUUGGGAUCAUCGUCAACACACAGACCUCCGUAAUGAAGGCGCUCACACGGCGAUGUCCCCCUGCUCUGCUAAACUGUGACGCUCCAGCAGCCUAAUGGACAGUAUCGAUAAGUCAUCGAUUGGAAUCUGGACUCAUUAGCUUCUUUAUGCAUUUGAGGGCUUCAUUGUCCCCGGCUGCCUCUGCAGCGCUGGACUGGACCUGGAUCUAACACCAGCUUUACUGACAGGCAACAUCAUUUACUGCUCGGUAAGGAAGUGGAGCUACGUCAAGCUAACUGAACUGGGAACAGUUUAGACCGGAAGCUGCGUUAUGUUGCCUUCAUUAUAAGACUGUUUUACUUUGAAUUUAGUCGUCUGUGGUGGAGCGGAGCAGCGAGGGGAACGGGGGAAAAGGCAGGCGACCUUUUUAAAUCAGUACGAGAGCAUCGUGACUGUAGCAUUACGCUGUACACUACGUUUUCCCUACGUUUUAUUUCGGAAGCCCCGAGCGGAAGUAGUAUUGUUGCGCUGUGGCGGAGGCUGGUGGAAGUGGGAUGUGUCCAGGGUGUAUUUAUGCUGCUGUUCCAGAAAUGAAAAUCACUGGAUCCCUGUUGCUCCGGGAGAUCUGCUUCUCCACCGGCCACAGCGGGCUGACCACAGCGGGCUGACCACACGGGUCACGUCGCUGGUCGAAAACAACGAGCACCACCGAGGCUUGUGUGCGUGUUUCACGUGGACUGGACCUUCUCUGUGAGGCUGCUCAACCUGUGCUGAUGCGGUGACAGCAUGUGAAUUAAUACAGUUACUUCCAUAGUUUUAUUAUACAUUCAAUUCUUCAGUUUUUGGAACAAGAAUCCGUUCUUUUCCACCUUUUUAUUUUUUUAUUUUUUUUAUUUUUUACAAAUGUCAGCCACCCAGCAUCAGGUGAUGAUGGAGUCCUCUCUAGCUCUCGGCAGAUUGGACCUGACCUCCAGCUCAGCCGCUGUGGGGGUCAACAUGACCCCGCGGCUCCCCGGCGGACCCCCCGCCAAAGAGAAGAGUGGCCAGCGGCCGACGGGGCCACAAGGCCCGGCUCAUCUGAACGGCUGCGUCCCGCUGUCACAUCAGGUGGCCGGCCAUAAGUAUGGAGUAGAUAAAGUGGGCAUUUUGCAGCAUCCAGAUGGAACAGUCCUGAAGCAGCUUCAGCCUCCACCAAGAGGUCCACGAGAGAUGCAGUUUUACAGCAUGGUGUAUGCAGAGGACUGCUGUGAUCCGUGUCUCCUGGAGCUCCAGAACCACCUUCCCAAGUACUACGGACCCUGGUCCUCUCCUGACAGCCCCAGUGAGCUGUACCUGAAGCUGGAGGAUGUGACUCGUCGCUUCGUCAAGCCGUGCAUCAUGGAUGUGAAGCUGGGCCAGUGCAGCUAUGACCCGUUCGCCUCGCAGGAGAAACGUGAGCAGCAGAUCAGAAAAUACCCACUGAUGGAGGAGAUCGGCUUCCUGGUCCUCGGCAUGAGGGUUUAUAAAGUGUGCAGUGACACUUUUGACUCCUACGAUCAACACUAUGGAAGAGCACUGGUUAAGGACACGAUUAAAGAAGGUCUGGCUAAAUUCUUCCAUAAUGAUGUUUGUCUGAGAAAGGAUGCAGUGUCAGCCAGCAUCCACAGGGUGCAGCAAAUCCUCCACUGGUUUGAGUCUCAGCACCAGCUGGCCUUCUACGCUAGUUCCCUUCUCUUCGUCUAUGAGGGUCUCCCCUCUUCUUCCUCCUCAUCCUCCUAUUCCUUCCUUCUCAGCACCCCAUCCAUCAGCCCGACCGUGGUGAAAACAGCCACGUUGUCAUCAGCGGUUGACAGCUGUCAGAGGGGAGAGGGGGAAGCAAGACAGGAAGGGGUGGGGCAGGAAGGGGUAGUGGCGGAGUACAACAACAACAACAUUCAAGUGGUGGUGCCCUGGGACUUCAGCCUAGCCACAAUUUACACCAACCACAGGAAACAUGGCCACCACUGUGCCAAGGGUCACCUCCAAGGCACCAGUGGAGUCGAUGAAGCUGUGGAGACAUCGGUGAGCUCAGUUUCUGGAGAUAACAACUCUGUAUUGUGUCAGGAAGACAACUCCACAUGGAAACGAACAGGUGAGUCAGAGCAACCGCCGAACGGCAACAGAAACAAAUCACAACUGGAAAGAAAGGUUGUAGAAGGAGAGCGGGAGGAGGAGGCAGGGGAGCUGAAAGGACAAGGACGUGAGACAACAGAGGAGAGUGGAAGAGACACUGAGGUGGAGGUGAGGAUGAUUGACUUUGCCCACGUUUUCCCGAGCGAGAGCCACGAUCAUGGCUACAUCUACGGCCUCAAACACCUGCUGACAGUGCUGGAGCAGAUCCUCUGUGAUGCUGCUUAGAGCUCCCACUCCUUCCUACCCCAGCUGAAGCUCCACAACUGCUCGUAGUGAACCUCUGUCUCCUCCCCGUCAACCCUCCUGCUCUCUUCUCAAAAGGCAGAGGAGAGGGAAGAAUCAAAGAAGUGAAUAUUAAAACUGAACCACCAUCAUCGUCGUCAUCAUCAUCAUCUCACCUGAUUGUGAUGGUCCAUCGGUCACGUGCGUGUCUGUGUCUGUGCGUGUGCCUGUAUGCAGAGGGGAAGUGGCAUAAGGCGACAGCUGCAUUUCUACAUGCUACAUGCACUAAUCAGUCCGUGAAGGCAUUACAACCCUGUACUUAAACACAACAUCUUCAGCUGCAUGAUUUACUGAUGCCCACACAAGCUCCAUGUAACCUGACUUCAACUUUAGUCCAUUUAGAAUGCAUUUAAAUCUCAAAGUGGAUAACAGUACAUAUGAAACUAGGGGUAGGGAUUAUAACAGAUAUAAUAGGAAUUAGGCAGGUAACAGGGAUUUCUCUCCAGACUUUAUAUCAUAGCAACUGUCCCUUUAAAGUCUUUGGUGUGCUGCACAGGGUUAUGGCAAUAUGGUUUUACAUGUCUUUUACAGCAAUGUGAAUCAAGUACUUGGGUUUCUUUUUCAGAUGCCAAAUGCAGACAUUCAAGUAACAAUUGAAUUUCUUAGAAAUGUACUAUAUACUGUCAAUAUUGCAAUAUACAAUAACUUGUACUGCGACAGACAUUUUCCUCCAUAUUGCCAUUGCCACUGAUACCUCACAUGUAUUUUGAUAAAGCAAUCCAGCGCACAAUGGGUCCAUUUUUAAUCGGCUGUUUGAACCUUAGUAGCUGUAAUAAUUUCAGUGCGUUCUUUAAAGCAAAGCUAUGUAACUUCUGCUGAGCAGUGGCAACACGUAGCUUCUGCAGCCACAAGUGUUUUUUUACAGGAUGCAGGUACAUUCAGUUCUGUUGGAAUCUAAGUCUGAGCAUUAAGGUAACUGGAAGCAGCGCCAUCAAACACAAAAUCAUCAUUCUAGUACAAACCAGCAGUCACGCUGUCAUUUGUGUGCUAUCGAUACAGGGAUUAACCUCUGUCGUGAUGUCUCUACUUAGAAUACCAAACCUGCUUUUCUUUUAUUAGCUGAACACCCACAUGUGACGGUGUGUGACGUAGUGCCCUGAAGCAGAACGCACUUAUCACAGGAGAUCACACCCAAGCUGUAUGGUGCAGGAAGUUCAGGGUGCAUAUACCAAGUCAGUAAGCACCAUCACAUGGUUUUUGAGCUGUUGUGUCAAGUAAAAUAGUUUCUUUAAAACAUAGGGUUGUUUUGACGACUGGCAAAUUAGGAGCAAGAUAAGAACUGGAAAUGAAUAUAGCUGAUAUGAUGCAUUUUAAAAACUUCCUGGAUCGGAACCACUCCCUUCCUCUGCUCUAAAGCUUUUCAUCAGUGGAAGAAGUUUGCUUGAUUGUCAUGGAAAUGUAUCUGUUGACAUGAGCUUAGUGGCUUUUAUUAUUCCGACAAUAGUAGAUUAACAGCUGUGGGUUAGGCUGAUCCUCAGUCAUAUGCUGAAAACUGAUUUUUCAUUUCCAGUUUAUUGAAAUGAAGCAACCAGGAAGGUAGUGCACUUUAGUUGAUAACUAUUAGACAGUGAAGCCUUUAUAUAUAUAUAUAUAUAUAUAUAUAUAUAUAUAAAAACUACAUAAACUACAGUAACUGACAUGGCACAGUAAAACUUCACUUUGCUACUACUACCUAACUGGAUUAGGCUCCUUUUGGUUCACAGCUCGCUGACAAAUCCCUUCAUUGCUAAAUUCAUUCGUCCUCAGGACGUCUUGAGGGUUCGUUCACACAGACUUGCUGUAAGUUUGUGAGCAUUGGGUCAAACAAUAAGUCUGCAGAAUGUUGAUGUUUAAGUCGGGUUGUCAUUUUGUGUUUUUGUUGAAACCACUGUCUACAGGUAUCUAACUCAGGUAAAUUUACUGUAAGAAAACUGUUUAAUAUUACUACUAUUGUCCUACAAGAUGAUCCUCAUGCUGUCUGGUUGUUCAACUCUACAUGAUUGUUUUAUAUAGUCUUAUCUCAUGAUUGACCUGAUCUCAUCCUCUUAACCGUACAAUGAACUUACACAGUGUAUUGUCUUUUACCAUGGCUAUUUUAAUUGUUGUUGUACAUGUUCAGCUGCCAAAUCACCUCUUUUAUCUGAAGCCUGUGCUCUUUGCUGUGGACUAGAACUCAGUCUUGGAUUAGCCAUAAGUUACUUUGUGAUUUCCAUUUAUCGUUAUGCAAUGACUUGAUUUAUAUCAAGGCAACACUUGGAAGCUCCACCCUUCCCAGUGCUUUGUGGGGUUUGACAGAAGCGACAUGUUAUACUGGGUGACAUAUGAUGUGCUGUGCUUGGUUGACAUUACAUUAAUAAUUAUAACUUCCCUAAGGAUUUUUAAGAUUGUAGUAAAACAGUUUUGAGACGUGCUGCUUUAAUGAGAUUCUACUGACCGAGUCGCUGCUAAAAAGGGAAAGACGGCAACUGAAUGGUUUUAUGUUUUAGGGGGGAUUUUGGAGGGGGGUGUUGGGGCUUCUUUGGCUCAGUGAUACUGGUUCCUAUUAAAGCACGAGUCAACACGAUUACAGGUGGAGCCCACAGCUUCACUGGUUCAUUAGAGUCAUAUUCGGUAAAGAUUGAUACACCGAGUGAUGGUCUGUACACUGAUUCUAAUGUUCUCAUACCAGGACUGUUAAGGGUGUCGUGAACUGUAUUGGGACCAGUGCUCUCCAUUGACACAGUGUAGCUGCCGUGGAUUUCUGAAAGUCUUGUCGAGACCUAACAUAGAUCUUGUGUGUUUCAGCCUCUUGGGCCAUGGCCCUUCAUCAGCAGAUUGAGUUUCAGUUGUUGCAAGCCACGAGAUUUAGCUGAAAGCUCUGGAAAAACCUAAUUAUUAGAACAUUUCUGUGAAUUUUGUUUGGUUUGACCUUGAAGCUCAAGUUCUGUUUAGAUGAGCAGAUAUUGCUGAACAGUUUUAUCUUGAGUUUGAUAAGUCCUGGUCACAGUUCGUCGAAUGGAAGCCUUUCACCCCCAGGCAGGAUUACAGGCAGUGCGACCCCAGACACCCAGAGGCCCAAGGCAGGUUCCCAGUCUGGUUUCGGUCAUUUGAUUAGUUUGUAGUUAAUGUUUUUUUCAUCCCCCAUAAGGGAAUUCAAAAAGGAACGAAUAUGUUUAGUAAUUCCACUAAUCACAACCGAAAUGAGAGUGCAGCUUUCAGUGUAAAUGUCCAUCCUCAUCUCAGUCUGACGUUCUAGUGUGAUUACAGCCAAUGAAGUGUUGUGUCUCUGCUCUCCUCGCCUGUACACACUAGCACAAAUGCAACAGACCUUUUAAUCAACUGUGUGUUUUUAAGAUUGAAAUAGUUCAACUCUAUCAUUGUUAAAUGCUAAGCGGUUGCCUUUGUGCCACUGUCUGGGCUUGAGGUUUCUGUACAGCUUUACUGACUCCAUCCUGCGCUCUCUACACUAACAAGGAGCGGCUUUAAAAUCGAAUGCUAAAUGACACUGCCCCAGUACGCCACAAACCAGCUUUGAUUUUAACCAAGAAUAUGCACAGACCUUUGCAGCUCGUAAUCAAUGAAUACAACAAACAAUAUGAAAACACUUAUCUUUAGCAAAUGAACUGAAUCAAAUGUAUUUUGAUUUUAAUCUGAACCAAAAGAGACUGCAAACUAUCAGAAUAUAUUUUCUCUAGCAUUUUCUAAAAUUAAAUAAAUAAUCAAUGUGAAUUUUAAGGAUUAUUUUAGGGAUAUUAACAGGAGUUAGAAGAAUUUUUUUUUUUUUUUAGUCACUGCCUUAUUUUCUGUUCAUGUCUCCACGUUGUGUCUGUGUUUGAAAUAUUGAUUAUUGAUCAUUCUGGCAGCUUUAUGAAUCUCUUCUGUUUCUAGUCAGUUGUAUUAUGGCUAACUAAAAAAAGCAUAUCAUGCAUUAGCAUACAGGGCAUUCUUGAUUGAAUUGGUUUGGUAGUGAACUGACUCGCUGUAAUGCAACCUUUGACUUUGACCCCCUUCAAUCAGUGUCAACCGAUGUUACUGAGCCCUUUCAUUUGAAGGCUUUUUUACAUGUUGAUCCCACGUAGUACUUCUCAUUCGUCAUUCCGUCUUUACAUCACAGCCUGGAGCAGUUUUAGAUCACAUGUUUACUUUAUAUGUUUCUCCAGCCUCCUCUCAUGCUGCGUCUGCCCGUACCGUUUGAUGGUCUGAAUGACCAUCACUGAAUCUAAAGACUAAAGAUUCUCGGUAUGGAGCCAGGAGUUGGCCACUGGACUAAUUAUAGGUAUACGUCAAUGUACCUUUUACACUGCAAGUUGAUUUUCAUAGCACAUUGAAAUGAAUAUACAGUGACUGCCUAGAUGGUACAAAUUACAUAUAAUACAGUACAAAAUGAAGUAAAUGGUGUAAGUUGUAAAUGAUUGAAAAAUAGCAUCAAACCCUUUUAUUGGCGUCUACCAGCAGCAGCGCAGACAUGUAACAGAACUGACCACUUCUAAAUUUGAUCAUUUGAAGAGUUGUGUAUGGUGCAGCUUUGGAAGAUGGAAUUUAUUUACAGUCAGUGAAGAGUCUGGAUUUAGACCUGACCACUCACCUCUGCUACCUCACAAGUGUGGUAUCAUCUCUGGAUGCUCCUUUACCCAUACUGGAAAUAAAUAAGACACCAUUACAUUGUAGUCCUCAGGACUACAUGUAAUGUAACUGCUUGCACUGCAUGACAUGUGUCGUGUCAGCGCGGCCCACACUGGGCCAUGCUGACUUGUGGUAAUCCAGGGUGAGUGCACUGUAUCAGUCCAACAGUACAAAUUCAAUUGACUUUUCUGGCUUCUCUCGUCUCAUGAUUAAGAUGCAAGGGAACCUGUGUCUGGUCUGGUUCUACGUUGUUUACAUUUCUGCUGCUCUCCUCGUGACCAGGAAAAGUCCAAUACAGGCCAGAACAUGAUUUACAGUAUAUUCUAGAACUCCAGCUUGUUGGCUUCUCCCAUUUGAAAUUUGUCCUUCAUGCACUACAGAGUAAUGGAAAAGCCAGUUCAUGAUAUUUCAAACAGAAUACCUAAGCUGUUGCUCUCCAUUGAAGAACCAUAGAGCUGGUGUGACCUGUUUUAGACCAUUAACUACAAACUAUGUGUACUGUACAUUACUGCCAGCUAUUUUCAAAGCAUGUUGUUAAUUGAAUUGAAUACAUGUCAUCUCUCAGCUUAGUUCCACACAAGUUCACUCAUUGAAAUGAUGAGUUGAGUAAAUGUGCAGGUUGAUUCAGUGGCUUUUAUUUGCGUUAAAACUCAAUCAAACGUGAUCUUUUUUCUGAUAAAAUCAAGUCCAGUUAGAGACUGCAUAUUCUCAGUAAAGUCUGUGCAAGUUGGACGAUGUAAACAGAAGUUAAGAAAGCUCAGAAAAAGGACAAAGAGAGACAUGGAGUUGAGUCUUCUCGUCCUAAAAUUGUCACAAAAUGAACUGUUUUUGCCUUGACUCAUCAACAUCUCUAUAAGGUCAGCUUUAUUUAGAUACCAUAGAUUGAUAUCCUUACUACUGUAAAAAACAAACAUCCAACUUCAAAUGUCGAUAUUAACUUUGUCACUGUUAAAACACCACUGAAGAAUAAAAUAAAACAGAUACUGGCAUUCUGUGAUAUGGAAAUGGUGAUGAAGCAUUUCAUCGAAUUUCUUCACAAAUGAAUUAAUUUAUCUAUAGACUAAAUUGCAAAGUACUUAUUUGAUCUUUUGAUGGUACAAUUAAGGCAUUUUCAUACUUCAUUUUCAAAAAGAUCUUUACAUUUGUAUUAAUUAUUAUAUAUAUUAUAUUUUAUUAAUGUAUUUUAAAUUAUGAAUUUAUUUGUAAUUUGAAGUAUUAAUUGAUUAAUUAAUAUUUCAUUUGUAAAUUAUUUUUAUAAUCAAUUUUAUCGAAAAAAAAUAUCAAAUAAUACAUUUCUGUAUAUUUAUAGAUGUAUAAGUUAUAUAGUACAAAUACUUAUUAAUUGAUGAAAGGCUGAAUAAGUAUUUUGGAAAUGCCGCAGAACAUUUCAUUUGUGAGCGACUUUGCUGAAAUGACUUCAAAUCAGCAGCUGCCUGGUGCGACAUCAGUCUGAACCCGUAUUAGAUGCUUUGAAAAAUGAAUGGCAGUAAUGUAAUGUCAAGUAAAUGGGGAAAAUAUGCAAAACCAUCUGUAUGGUUCCUUAAAUUGGAUCCAGGAAGACAAAAGUAAUAGGAUGGUAAAAGGGGCACAAGUGUCUUUUCAGCCAAUCAGAAUCAUUUGCCUUCAGUCAUAGCAACCGUCCUGUUUUAAUGCUGCAUUUACGUCAGCUGGGAAGAACUAGUUGAGUUAAUCCUAUCAGUCACUACAGCUGUCAGAGUUUCUUAAACCAAACUGAACUCACCAGCUCAGAGAUGAGAUGAGCUGCAUUUUUGAAUAUCUACACAGACUCUGCCACUCGACACAAAUGCAGCAUUAAGGAAAGGAAACGGUGUCACAUCGGUGGCACAGACGUAAAAAAUCUGUGGUUCUGAUUGGCUGUAACAUCCUUCAGCCAUUUUCUUCCUGGUGAUGACUUUUGAUCCACUUAAGUGUCUUUGUGCGAUGCCUGGUGUAAAUGCACAGUUGGUAUGACUGGCUGUGGAAUACCAUCCAUGAUAAAGAGUAAAAGGUGUGACGUGUGAAUGCUUGUGGCAUGCUGUUGUUGCUGUCAUCAUGAAAUCCAAACGUUUUGAUGGAUAGAGAGUGGGGCUCGAGCACUUCAGCUUCUCCACCGCUGUUGGAUUUCCAGGAAUCCACAAACUCACUUCCAACACGUGGAGUUUUCUGAGGAGCUGAACCUGCUCCGCCCGGAUGAGCCCUGUCAUGGAUAUGGAGCUCUUCAUCUUCGCAGUGUGGGUUUUGAGAAUGUUUGAAUUUUGAUAUACUGGAUUUAACACAUCUUAUAUAUGAGCCUGAAACAGAACAGAAAAUAUCAUAGUGUACAUAAGGAGAGGAACAUCCCUCAACACCUAUAAACCUGAUAAUCAUUAUUUUUUCAACAAUAAAAAUACUAAUCAAA